CGUAAGCAACUUUGUACAGUGUUACCAUAAAAACUAUGAAAAUCGAACUAACAAAAGGUACAUGGAUGCAUAGGCUAUGUAUAAUGUUAUCAAGAAAACUACAAAUUCAAAUUUAAAGUAAUUAAAAUAGCAUGAAGGAAUGCGUAUGGACUUGAGUACAACGGACACACUAUAGCUGAAUGUCCUUAGGACUGUUUUAAGACUAUUAUGGGCAAAAUGAAUAGCCCAUAACCGAAAUUAGGUCACUGUAUGAAAUAGUAAUAUAGACACGUGGGCGGAAGUCAGGGACGUCAUCAAAACAGUUAGACAGGCGGAGGCAAAAGCAGCCCGUCAGUGGAUGUGACACGCUUACAAAUACAUAGAAAACAAGCCUGCAAGCAGCAGGAUGCCAUGAUCCUGCUCCAGCAGCGUGUUUAGUGUGCUCUAUUCAACUGGACGGCGGAGUUUUGUGUUAUUUCUCCCUUCCCGAGUCCCUGGAGGCAGCAGCACCAUGGUGAAGCAGUCGGACCGAGCCCCGCUGCUGGACUGGGAAGAGAUCCCACCACCGUAUCCGAACCAGGCGGCCCCGCCGCCGCCGCCGCCGCCGCCGCCUCCGAGGGAAGAGGACGCAGCGGCGGAGAAAAGUUGGCAGCCAGCCGGGCGGCGUACACCGACAGGGACCGCGGCUGGUACUGGGUGGCGCACCAACAGUAGCACCGCGGCCACCACUAUCACCUGCAGCCCGACAACGAAGAGUGUAACAGCUGUUGUUGCCAGCAGGAACGGAAGCCCGGGCCGUCCGCGAACAGAGCUCUCCGGGCACAGGUGGGAUCGCCCGGAGCCUCUCGGUACAGAUCGUAACGUUCUCUUCCCCGGCCUCUCGGUGAGGGAUCAGUGGGAGGAAAAAGACCAGAUCGUGGCUGUGUUUGUGGUUACCUUUGAUACAAGAUCAGGGAAUAUGGUGGAGUGGUGCCUGCCUCACGACAUCAACCUAGACGGAGUUGAAUUCAAGUCAAUUGCCAGCGGUUCCCAUCGGAUCGCCAACGACUUCAUAUAUUUCCGUAAAGGCUGUUACUUUGGGCUGGCUUGUUUUGCUAACCUGCCUGUGGAGAGUGAGCUGGAGCGAGGAGCCAGGAUGAAAUCUGUGGGAAUUCUGUCUCCCUCCUACACUCUGCUUUACCGCUACAUGCACUUCUUGGAGAACCAAGUCAGACACCAGUUACAGUGUCCGGGCCAGUAUUCUCCCCUGGAGGCCUUCUAUGAGGAUAAGAAGGCCAUCCUCCCCCCAACAGGAAAUGGUCUGGUCACUGCUUGCCCAACCUGGAGUGUGACCACCAUCAACCGCUGUAUGCACCCAGAAAUGAAGAUCACCCACCCAGCUGGCUGCAUGUCCCAGUUCAUCCAGUUUUUCGGGGAGCAGAUAAUGGUGCUGUGGAAGUUUGCGUUGCUGAGAAAACGGAUCCUCAUCUUCUCCCCUCCACCUGUAGGUGUGGUCUGCUACAGGGUGUAUUGCUGUUGCUGCCUGGCCAAUGUGUCUUUACCUGGAAUUGGUGUCUCUGUGCCUGAAUUACGGCCCUUUUUCUACAUCAACGUAGCCGACAUCACUGCCCUGGAAACAGAGCUGUCGUUCGUGGCCUGCACCACAGAGAAGAUUUUUGAGGAGAAGAAGGAGCUGUACGACGUCUACAUUGAUAACCAGAAUGUGAAAACGCACAGAAGCCAUUUGCAGCCGCUGCUCCGACUGAAUGCAGCAGAUAAGGAGAAGUAUAGGAAACUGAGUGAACAGAGGCAAAUGUUGCUGUACUCUCAGGAGGUGGAUGGAGACUGCACGUCAAAUGAAGAGGAUCUUUUCAUUCUGUUCUUCAUGGAGCUGAAUAACCGCAUCUUCCAGACCCUGUCAGAUGUAGCAGGGAGCACUGACCCCACCCUCACCACUGAACACGUGAGGGCCAUGGGGCUGGAUCCCCAGGGUGAUCGCUCCUUCUUGGUCGACCUGCUGGAGGUUUACGGUAUUGACGUCACGCUGGUCAUAGACAACCUCUGCUGCCCCUGAAAACCCCGGAACGCCACUGGAUAUUUGUGCCUUCAAGGCCCACACACACACACACACCAAGACACCAAAGACACUGCGUCCACCCUGGGACCUCCAUCUGUCACCCAAUGUCCUCACCUGGGUGUCUGUUUUCCCUCUGCGCGCAUCUCUCAUCUGACCUGUGGAGACUGUUUCCAAACAGUGUGGAUGAUGAGGACACUUAAAGUUUGGUGCACUGGUCCGCAGUGGCUGCUAAACACCUGCCUAGCCGACAGCACUGCUUGGCAGCUGCGUGGUCUUAUUGCCACUCCCAUCUUAUGUUCCUCACUUAUGUUUUUUUUGUCAGAAAUAAGUGUUUGCUUGUUUGACUUUGAUUCUGGCUUUAAGUGGCCGGGGAUAGCACAGGAUAAAAGUACGGAAGUCUCGGUCAAGUACAGUCAUCACAGCAGGAUUAGUGGUCUUUCUCCACUGCACCCAUCACAGUGAAGAAGUCAUUGAAGCAUUCACAAUCCUGCAGCUUUGGUGUGCACGUGCGUACAGUUUGUCUGACGAAAACGAUUACUAAUAUGUGGGGGGGAGGUUUUAAUGCUGGAAAUGUAUUUGUGCUUCAAAUAGGUUUUAUAGAAGAUUCUAGCCAUCAUAAUGUGCAACAAUUCCAUCCUGCUGUAUUAACGUACUUGGAUGAUUAUGUUUAGUAAAUACAUUAAAAUGCUUUUUACUUAAUUUGCCUUUCAAAAAGGAAGCAAUAGGAGUCUGUGCUAGCUCAAAUCAGCCUUCAUGUAAAUGUGUUUUCCAGUUUUUUACCAUUUCUUUCACAACUGAAAGUGAGAGGUGAGGAUGUUUGUUAAUGAGUGUGAUAUCCUCUUUUUUUAUAACGGGGAUGCUUAAAUAUUAUUACGCUGACUCACAGAAUGAGAAGGGAAAAGCUGUUUUUCACUUUGUUCUCCUUGUUAUGCACCUUCAACAUGAGGUAGAUCUAAUAUAAUGUGUCUCUGUGUUUGAUCACAGUCAAAGUGCUAGUGAUGGGGGGGGGUUCUGGGAACGUUUUGUUACAUGUUUUACCUUAAGCUGAGGUUUCUUGAAUUGUAAAUGAAUGUGACUUUAUAACACUAACCUAUUAUGAAUGCUGCACCAUUUCCACCACGGGACUAUUUUUUGUGUGUGUGUUUUGCGUACAGGCUUUCAUUGUUCUUCUAUAUUUGUUCUGUGAUCGUGUUGAGUCCUUGAUGGAGCCAUUUGUAGUUUACUUGUUGAUCAGCUUCAGAGGGAUCCUCUUUGCUUGUCUGCGUCCCUGACAAAGAUGUCUUUGUGCUUUUGGAGAUUUGGGUUCCUCAGUCCUUUCAUCACAGUCCCAUUGAGUUCAUUCAGCUCCUGAUAUGGGCCAACUGUGUCUUUUGAAUUAUCCUGGCAGACUGGUUUAUUGAAUACAUCACACUGCCAAUCAGAUUGAUAAUUUGUUGAGGCUGAUUCUGUUUGCCUCGUAUACAUUUGGAAUAGUGGUUCUCAGCCUUCCCGUGGCCCCCCCGACGCAAGCUAAAACGCUAAGUCAUUCCUUUUACACAUUUCACAAAUUAUCUUUUGGGGGCUAAUCCCCACGUUGAGAACUGCUGAUAGCCUGCCCUUUGACCCCCCAAUAUGUUUUCUGGGUUCAUUAAAAAUAAAAUAAAGACAGUGCACCAAGUAUUGUAUCUGAAAGAGAAAGGCACUUAAGCUUUGUUGUUGAAAUGGGGCCUUAAGCAAAUGUGAUUUUCUCAAACUUACUGCAGCAAAGAGUCUGACUCAUUACUGUACGUACGUCAACAGUAUUUGCUGACAGAUUAAGUACAUUGUCCUACGCACUUUUGUAUGACCUUACUGUCUCCAGUGAAACCUGUUGACUCUGACUGGUCUAUUUCAUGUCUGUAGACGUAUACUCUUGCCUCUGACGGUGUUUGCUUUACAGGUGUAUGUUAAAUGUAUAAGGGAAUGUACACAACUCACACCAAUGUAUAAAAUGCCGUCUUUGUGGAGUCGUUCACAGAUGUGUACCAGCAUUAACUUAAUGAGUCCUUUGUACAGCGUGUCACUCUACUGAAUGUCAUGGGCAGCAAAAGUAUUGCACGUGUGCAGCAACACAUCCAAGUAGUGCAACUGUUUCCUUCUUGAUUGUAAUGUAAAUCAAGAGUAUUCACAGAAUAACAAAUAUGUCUUUACCUUUACUAAUGUCAAACACUGUAAGAGAUGUCAGUAAUGUACACACAAACUCAAUAGCAUGAGCAACUGUUCAUUUCACUGUACUGCCAUUGUAAAACAAUAAAACAUUGAUACAGUUUAGGUGUUACCUAAUCCUCUGCUUCUAACCUUG